UUCAGAAAAUCAAGAUGGCCUGCAUCAGGUAGUACAUGAGCGCCUGGGCGAGUUGCUACGUGUUUUAAAAGCAGUGAUAAAUAAACAUCAGAUUCUAAACUCGGUUGAUAUUCUAAGUGCUGCAGGAACAGUUAUUGCAAAAGUAAAAGCGGUGAACUUCAAAGAAGUUAAUGAAGAAAACAAGAGAGAACUUUUUAGUGAAAUAUUUUCUUCCAUUGAAACAUUGGCAUUCACCUUUGGAAACAUUGUUUCAGACUUCCUUAUGGGAGAUGUAGACAAUGGCUCGUCAUUGGGACUUCCUGUAUCUCAGAGAAGUCGGUCUUUUGAGAAUCUUUCUGUGGAGUCUGGGGGUUCACUGCACGAAAAGGAUGAUAUUCAGGGACAUCUUCGAGCAGAGGAGGUUGAUAGCAUGCUCCUAAGAAAUGACAGCGGAAUUGAAUCGGCUCUGUCCUAUGCUAAAGCAUGGUCAAAAUAUACCAAGGAUGUAGUCGCAUGGGUAGAAAAAAAGCUUAGCUUGGAAGUGGAGUGUGCUAAAAACUUAGCAAAAGUGGCUGAAACUGCUAAAGCUGUUGUUGGACACCAGGAUUAUAUGCCAUUCCAAUCGAUAUUCAUUAAUGCUUUUCAAAAUGAUAUCGAGAACAAUCAACUUUGGCAACAAACAGCUGCUGCUCUCCAGUCUAACAAAUUUGUGCAGCCUCUUCUCGGAAGGAAAAAUGAGUUGGAUAGACAAAGGAAAGAUAUCAAGGAGCUUUGGCAGCGAGAACAGAAAAAAAUGCAAGAGCUGGAAGCUGCUCUAAGAAAAGCAAAGUUGCUAUAUACACAGCGUCAAGAUGAGUAUGAAAAGGCAAAAUCCUGCACUGCUCGUGCUGAGGAGGAACAUCUUAGCUUAAGUGGAAGCUUUGUGAAAGAUGUCAGCAAGCAACUGGAAAAAAAACGAAGGCUAGAAGAGGAGGCACUUCAAAAAGCUGAAGAGGCCAAUGAACACUAUAAAGCAAGCAUGGCAGAGAUUGAAGACAAAAGAAAUGAUUUGGAAAGCUUUAAAAGUGAUGUCUUAACACAGCUUCGGGAGCUUAUUUACCAGUGUGAUCUCACUCUUAAAGCUGCAACAGUUAACCUGUUCCAGCUGCAGCACGCUCAGGUUGUAUCUCUUCCCGUUAACUGCCAGUCCCUCUGUGAGAGUGCCAAACUCUAUGACCCUGGACAGCAGUAUUCAGAAUUUGUGAAAAGUUUGCCAAAGGAAGGUGUUCCUAUUGAAUCAGGUUCUUUUGAAACCCAGAGUUCCCAGGUUGAUGGGGUUUUUAAUAAGCAGUCAACCAACAGUGUUCAUACAUCACAUGGUAACUUAUCUCAGUGUUCAGGAGAUUUUUCUGCUCAGACGUUAGAUGAUGUGGGAAGCCCAAUUUAUCAUCGUUCACAAAAGAUUGGAGAGAAGAGAUCUUCCAGCAGCACAGAUAUUCAAGCAAUGCGAGGGCCGCCACCGUUCAGAUCAUGGUCAGUUGGCAACCAGAGUGGAGGAAUGUGCAGUGAUUCUGAAAGUGCAGGGGGAAGCAGCGAGUCACGAUCCAUGGAUUCUCCAUCUGCUAGCCCAGGGGAUUUUAAAAGACGACUUCCCCGAACACCUUCCACUGGUACAAUGUCAUCUGCAGAUGAUCUUGAUGAAAGAGAGCCACCAUCUCCUUCAGACUGUGGUUUAAAUGAUCUGACAUCUGAAACUGCAAAUUCUCCAGGACCUUUUAGAAAUGCUAAUAUGUCCAAAGCAGCACAAACACACAAACUGCGGAAGCUGAGAGCUCCAUCUAAAUGCAGAGAAUGUGACAGCUUAGUGGUAUUUCAUGGAGCUGAAUGUGAGGAGUGUUCACUCGCAUGCCAUAAAAAAUGCUUAGAGACUUUAGCUAUUCAGUGUGGGCACAAAAAACUUCAUGGAAGGCUUCACUUGUUUGGAGUAGAAUUUGCCCAAGCUGCUAAAAAUGUUCCCGAUGGUAUUCCUUUCAUCAUCAAAAAGUGUACAUCAGAAAUUGAAAGCAGAGCACUGAAUGUCAAGGGCAUCUAUCGUGUGAAUGGAGCCAAAUCAAGAGUUGAAAAACUUUGUCAAGCUUUUGAAAAUGGAAAGGAUUUGGUUGAGCUCUCAGAACUCUAUGCACAUGAUAUCAGCAAUGUUCUCAAGCUGUAUCUCCGCCAGCUUCCUGAACCCUUGAUUUUGUUUCGGCUUUACAAUGAGUUCAUUGGACUGGCAAAAGAAAGCCAGAAUGUUAAUGAGGAACUGGAAGCUAAACAAGCCAGCCCCAAAUCAAAGAAAAGACAGUCAAUCUGUAUUGAACUGAAUAGGAUCAUCAUUAAAAUUAAAGAUCUUCUGAAACAACUGCCUGUACCAAACUACAACACUCUUCAGUACCUUAUUGGACACCUUCACAGGGUUACAGAACAGUCUGAUGAAAAUAAAAUGUCAGCCAGCAACCUUGGCAUAAUAUUUGGCCCAACCCUGAUCAGGCCACGUCAAACAGAUGCUACAGUUUCUUUGUCGUCUCUUGUGGAUUACCCUUAUCAGGCCCGAGUAGUGGAGCUGCUCAUAACAUACUAUGAAAAGAUAUUCGAUGUUUCAUUGAAACCACUUCUGAGCACAUCUCUAUCUGAAGAAGCUGCCAUGACAGUCAGAGUUGCUUUAUCAGCUGAAGAGAGGGAGCCACAGCAGCAGAGGAAGUCAUUUGUUGCUGUAAAGGAAGGUGUUCUGAUAGCUCCAAGUGAAAGCAGAGCUUCAGAAACAGCUGCAUUGGUUUUGGAAUUGAACAAUAGCAAGAAUACAAAAGAACAAGUAGAUACAUCUGUAACUGAAUGUGUAUCAUUGCCACUCACUGGAACUAAACCAGAAGUCUCUGGGAAGAGUAAUUCUCUGACAGAAUCAUCAGCUACCAGCAUUUUGGAUAUUAAUAUUUCUGCUCCAAAAAAGCCAGGUGAUGGUGUGAGUCCAGCUUCAGAGAGAGAAAAUGAUUCAUUUGUUUCUCUAGGUGAAGACAGCUGUAAAAUUAACUUAUUUCCUGCAAAACCUAACCGUCAGAUUACCAAAGUUCCAUUGCGGGUUCCAAGGACAAAACCAGCUACUCGCCCUGUGAGCCUGCCUGUAGACCGAAUACUUCCUCCAUGUGUUUUGAAUGAAAGAAAUACACGAAACGUAGGAGCAGUAAGUCCAGAGAAGCUGGGCAGGUUCCCUACUAUUGAAGAAGUUUCAGAGGUGAAGGCACGCCCUGGUGUUCCUACCUGCUGGAGACUUCCUUGUUACAACACCCAGAUGCUGCGAAAAACUUGGGACAAGCAAUAUAAACAGUAUGAUAUCACAGCAAGGACAGCAAUGAUUGUGACUAAUGUGCCUCAGGAGAACCGAGCACUUGAGAGUGGAACUGCAGAUGCCUUAUCUUCAUCAUGCAGCGUUGGUAACAAUUCAGCUAACGCCAUUCUUCUUAGUAAGCCAUGUUCUGUUUCUGUCAGGUCAGGAAGGACAGCAACAGAAGGGAAUGGUCUUGAUGCCAAUCCUCUUGCUGCCUUCAGGGCACCAAGAACACUGCAACCACCCCCAGGGACAUUUUAUAAACCACCCUCUAACAAAACAAAACAAAAUGAAGAGGGUUCUUUAGCUAAAGCCUGUGCAUCAACCAGUGCUAGCUCUGUGCUUCACCAGGAUAAUACCGCAAGGAGCUCUGCACUUCCAUCAGGUGAUCCUGAACAAAACACAACUGAACAAAAAACUAGCUCAGAGGAUAUUAACCCCACAGAUCUGAAGCCUACUUACCAGAGACUGAGACCAAAAAGGAUCCAAGAACUGGAACACAGGGAAGCUCAUUUUGUAUAGGGUGCAAAUUCCUCUUGGACUGUAUGCAAUUUGUUGAUGUUGCCUGUGGAGG